UCCCACCAAAAAUGGAAGGAACGUUCCCCUCUCCGCGACCCCUCUCUGGAUUUGGGAUCUAGGGCUUGAUCUCGUGCCGUGGUGGGGAAAGAAACCCUAGAUCGUUAGGGUUCGAAGAAUUUGAAUUCCCCUCCGUCGAUUGUUCUGUUUGAAUCCAUGGCGUCCCGAAGGCGAAUGCUUCUCAAAGUCAUCAUCCUCGGAGACAGCGGGGUUGGGAAGACGUCUCUGAUGAAUCAGUAUGUGAACAAGAAGUUCAGUAAUCAGUAUAAAGCGACCAUUGGAGCGGAUUUCUUGACAAAAGAAGUCCAGUUUGAGGACAGGCUAUUCACGUUACAGAUAUGGGAUACUGCAGGGCAGGAAAGGUUUCAGAGUCUUGGUGUGGCUUUCUAUCGUGGAGCUGAUUGCUGUGUUCUUGUGUAUGAUGUUAAUGUUAUGAAAUCAUUUGAUAACCUGAACAAUUGGCGCGAGGAAUUUUUGAUUCAGGCUAGCCCAUCCGACCCUGAAAAUUUCCCAUUUGUAGUUCUGGGAAACAAGAUAGAUGUUGAUGGUGGCAAUAGCCGGGUGGUUUCUGAGAAAAAAGCAAGGGCAUGGUGUGCAUCAAAAGGAAAUAUCCCCUACUUUGAGACAUCUGCUAAAGAAGGAAUUAAUGUGGAAGCCGCAUUUCAGUGUAUAGCCAAGAAUGCCCUCAAGAACGAACCGGAGGAAGAGAUAUAUCUUCCGGACACCAUUGAUGUGGCGGCGGGUGGUGGACGUCAGCAACGAUCAUCAGGCUGUGAAUGCUAGAUGGAUGAUAGGCAGUUGGAGUGCAUUAUCCCAAUUUGUUAUGGAGUCAACAUGUCAUAUAAUGAUUCUGUGAAAGCUUAUUGCUUGUCCUUGUAAUCUAUAUUAUGUUGGUAGGAGGUGAUUGGUGCUGGUUGGUUUUGUUGGAAUAUUCUUCCUCCUGUAUUUCAUCAGCAUUCUGUUUCGCCGGUGGGAUUCAUUUGUUUCUGUAUUUAAAGACUUAAAAAAUUUAUGAUAUUUUCUGGGGGUGAACCAUGUCCAUA